GCAGCCGGGAGCCGGGGAGGAUGGGAGGAGGAGGAGGAGGAGGAGGAUGGAGCCGGCCCGGCUCCGCCGAGAGAUCAGGGCAAAGUAUGAAUCGCACAUCACCCGAAAUCAGAUAAAGACCGUCAGCUCAGCAAGGACGCAGGCAGAAGAAGGUGCAAGUAAAAGAAUGGACAAAGAUGCAGAAGCACUAAAGGCAGCCAGGGCAGAGCUGUGUGAGGCCAGACGGCAGUGGCACCACAUGCAGGUCGAAAUCGAGUCUCUCCACGCCGUGGAAAAGGGUUUGGAACGUUCGUUGCGGGCCACAGAGCAGCAGUACCACAUGCAGCUACAGAAUUUGGAAGGUGAGAUUGAGUGUUUGGAGAAAGAGCUGCUGGAAGUGAGAAGGGGAAUUGAGAAACAGCUUCGAGAGCACGAAAUUCUCCUGAACACGAGGAUGAAGCUGGAGGAGGAGAUAGCGACGUAUCGCAGUCUGCUGGAGCAAGAAGAGAGCAGGUUCCGUUGCUCGAUACCUGCCCAGAAGGAUGACAAAAAGCCCAGCACGAGCAAGAUCACCUUUAUGCUGCCUCCAGAUGGUGUAAAGAAGCACGAACCAGAGAAGGUGGAACUGAUGACAAAACAAGCAAUCCUAGAUGGAAACAUCAUGAAGGAAAGUGCUGAAGCUCAUGGCACUGUACAGACAGAAAAAGUGGAUGAAGUCAUUAAGGAGUGGGAAGGUUCUUUCUUUAAGGACAACCCUCGCCUAAGGAAAAAGUCGGUCUCCCUGCGUUUCGACCUCCACCUGGCAGCCACGGACGAGGGGUGUCUGCACACGAAAAAGAAAACUCUCCCCGACAUUGAAGUCAGGCUGGUGAUGAGGAGAUCCUGCAGCAUCCCCUCCAUCAAACCUUAACCUCAGCCCAUUCCCCCGGAGAGCACCUCCAACGGGCUCUGGAAAUAAACUGUGGAUGGACUCCCACAGCCGCUGUCUGCUACAACCACACCCUCCCAGGCACUUGGAUUAACACCAUAAAACCACACGAGUCCUCUGAAAAUUAGGGAGAAGAGCAAGGGAGUUCAGAUUCCAGGAAACCCAACUUCUGCUGGUUUUAUACUCUGGGUGCAGCCCUUUCAUUUUCUCAUUGUUGUUGUUUUGUAGGAUUUCACCAAAUAGGACAAAAAUUAACUUUAUAGUUUGACAUAUCUGCCUUUGUAAAGGAGAACUUGUCUUCUCUUUCUGGAAAUGAGAAAUGCAUAUUUCACUCUCUUACAUAUUCAGUAUUGCAUAUAUAUAAUGACUGGGGCAUACAUAUAACGACUGGGGAAUCCUUGCAAUAAUUUAUAUCACAUCUGUCAUAACUCUAGAAAUAUAUUUUAAAAUAAUACUUUCUAACAGCAAAACUUACAUACAAAGAUGCUCUUAAAAUACAUGAACUAUUAACAAUUUUCUUUUAAAAGUGGCUGGUAUUUUUAAAUUCAUUUUUUUAGGCAACAGCUGAGCAAAAAUAUCUUUCCCUUGCAUCCUUCUAAACCCAUUUUUAAAAGUGUUGUUACAAUCCAGCAACAUUUUACCCCUGUAUCACUCCCCUGGUUUUGAAGCAGUGAUUUCCCCUGAAAAAUCAAUCAUUUGUGUCUGCACACAGCUGUACUACAACUCUCUCAGCCAGGCCAGGUGAAAUUACCCUCUAAUUGUUCAAAUGUGAGGAGUCAACCAACCAUUUUAAUGCUGGCAUUCUGUUAAUUUUGUUUAUUGUAACAGCGUGCGUUAAAAUACCUUCAACAAAUUCCUCUUCUGACAAACAUUAAGGGACUCUCCCGACCUAGGACAUGUGACAAGUUACCAGGGUACAACUGUUAUUCCUUCAAAUUAACUGGGAAAAAAAAAAAAAGGGCUACAAAUUCCAAUCCAAUUCAACCAGACCCCUUAGGAACCCCCCAGUCCUGCUGGGAGUAGCCGUGAGCAAACACAGAGCCCAGCAGGCGACCCUGCACACGGAGGACCAGCCGCCCUCCUGGGGAACGCUGCGGGACAAUCAGAGACCCAACCCAGCCUGUACCGAGACAGGAGCGACUGUCUGUGACGGUUCUGACGAGGAUCUGAUCUCGGCCCCCCCCGAACGCCGGGACUGCAGGGGCUCAGAGUCCGCCAACCCCACGCGCCGGAUUUGCUGGAUCACAGCAGCACGUGGAGGAUUGAGUUCAGUGUCAGCAUCUGCCUUAUCACCUACGGCAUGUGUGCAAAACUGGGACUACAGAUUCCUCCAGGGUUAAUUUAUGCUUCUAUCAUUUGUUCAUGGUAACAAUGCAUCGAUAUUGCCCCGUCCUGUCUGUACUGUAUCGAGCUGGCUAAUUAUCCUUAACCCAAACCCUGAGCUGGUGUUGUUACCUCUUGAGUACUUGGCAUCCUGAAUGUAUCAACCUGCUCCAGUAUUUCCACUAUGCAGCUUUUUUUUUUUUUUGUGCUUAGACUCUGUACAUUUUACAAUACUUGAAUUUAAACUAAGUUUUAAUUGCUUUAAGGCACUUUAAACAGGGAUACCGACUUACCAAAGUAAAUUACAGUACUACAAUAAAAAAGUAUUAAAAUGGA